AUGCAUCUGCCUACUUCUCAGAAGCUCUUUGCCAGCGGCCUCGCCCUCACCAACAUGCUCACCGGCGACUCCGUCUCCAAGGGCAAGGUCCUCGACUACGCCGUCGAAAAGUGCAUCGACGGCGACGGCAACGUCCGCUGCUCCAAGCCCUUUCCCGUGACCAAGAACGGCUGCUUCCACCUGGCGUGGACGACCGACGGCACCCUCUCGCACACGACGGUCGAGGUGCGCGACGCCGGCUCCGGCGAGCUCGUCUACUACCGCGACACCGACGGCGACUGGAAGCCCGAGAAGAACGAGCUCGUCUACCUCGACUUCAAGCCCAAGGUCUGGAAGACGGGCAACGACACGGUCGAGUACGAGGUCACCAGCUGCGAGAGCAAUGAGCUGUAG